AUGUUUCGUCCAGCGGCGCGAAGCAUUCUGCGCUCCGCAGCUCCCUCUUCUCUUGCUCCAGCCCGGACGGUAGCCGGACGAAGAUUUGCCAGCACAUCGCCUGUUAAUGCUCGGAGGUCCUGGAAGAGCAGCGCUGUGAGAUGGGGUCUUGCAGGCGCAUUGAUAUACUAUUACAACACAAGUCCCGUGUUCGCGGAACAGCCUCAACAUAACCUUUUGAACCCUAAUCUCGAUGCCUACGAAGACGCAACCAGUGCCACAUCAUUGGAGGAGUUGACAUCGCGACGAGCCCGACAAGCCGAGGGAAAUGCAGCUGCCGUAAAGUCCACCGCCAAUAGCCUUUCAUCCGAGAAUGCCUCGACGUCUGUAUCCGCCGGCGAAGAACCUGAGCCUCAUCACGCACAUUCCGUUGCCGCUCUCGAUGGCGAGCUCGAACAAGAGGCGCAAAAUGAAGGCGCUUUCAACCCCGAGACGGGCGAGAUCAAUUGGGACUGCCCAUGUCUGGGUGGAAUGGCUCAUGGGCCAUGUGGACCAGAAUUCAAAGAGGCCUUUUCAUGUUUUGUCUUCUCGACCGAGGAGCCCAAGGGUAUGGACUGCAUAGACAAGUUUCAGAACAUGCAACAAUGCUUCCAGCGGUACCCAGAAGUCUACAAAGGUGAGCUUGAAGAUGACGAGGAACUGGAUGCAGGACUAGAGGCGGAGAGACAGGAGUUGGUAAAUGAGAUUGCGGAGAGGAAAAGGCAGCAGCAAGACGGACAACCACAACGUAGACUCUUGGAGGAACCUGUUUCAACUCCGGCAACGGGUUCGGGGAGGAAAGCAAAGAAGCCGGCCAAGAGUGAUCAAAGACCUCCGCAAGAAGAGGCGAAAGUCAAGAUCCAUGACGACGAAACAUACUCUCCUGAGCGCGAGAACAUCUACGAAGGUCAAACAUCGAAACCCAUCUCGCAGCCGCAAACCAAGGCUCCUGAAGAGGCAGCGAUUCCGGAAGCACAAGUCAUCCCUGCUGCUGCUCACGAUGCCAGAAACCACACUGGGGUGGUUCCCAGAUCCAAAGAAGAGUGA